GGAACUAUAAACCCUACACAUUUUGACGACAGUGACACACCUCCAAAUUACGAAACGUGGUAUACUACUGCCAUUAUUAUUUCUCUGUCAGAUGCCCGCACAUUGAAGCAUUUUUUUCUAUUUUACUCCAUCAAUCACCCACUGUUCAUCGAGUUAUUUUACUAGUGGGACACACUAUCAGUUCUAUUUAACGCGUAUGCGCUGUAAGUUGAGAAAAUUGUAUACCAUACAUGUGACCUCAAGCAGCUGGGGCCACGGAUUCCAGUCACCUGACAUCGGCUGAUCGGCUGUUUGUGAGCUGUCCGACUCAACGAAAUUACACAUUUUUCAGAGUAUUUACGUGUACCGGGGACACCCCCGAGGUCAAGAGUCAAUAUGCUGACUGUCACGCUGCAAGUCUUUAGAAGAAUUCAAAGGUCACCACUUAGGAUACAAACCAUGGCCACCCUGACUGUUGCAAACGAACCAUUAUAUGAUUUUACUAAAGGCAGUACUGAGAGGCAACAACUUGAAGAGGCACUUAAAAAUUUAGAAGGCAAGUGUGAAGAAAUACCAGUUGUUAUUGGUGGUGAAAAAAUAUUUACUGGAAACUGCUUGUAUCAAGUCUGUCCAUUUGAUCACCAGAGGAAAAUAGCAAAAUAUCAUCUUGCAGAUAAGGAGCUUAUUAAUAAAGCCAUAGAGAACGCCUUGUCUGUGAGAGAAGAAUGGGAAGCCAGGCCAUUAACCGAGAGAACAAACAUCUUUCUGAAAGCCGCUGACUUAAUUAGUACGAAAUAUAGACCGAUGAUACUGGCAGCAACAAUGAUUGGGCAGGGAAAAAAUGUGUGGCAAGCAGAGAUUGAUGCAGCAGCUGAACUUGUAGAUUUUUAUAGAUUUAAUGCCAAAAAUGCUCUAGAUAUCGCACAGUAUAAGCCAAUCGACACCAAGGAAAGUGUGAAUACCAUGGAAUAUAGGGGAUUGGAAGGAUUCUUUGCAGCUAUAUCACCGUUUAAUUUUACUGCUAUUGCUGGUAAUUUAGCUGGUACACCUGCUAUGAUGGGUAAUGUAGUUUUAUGGAAACCAAGUGAUACAGCCAUGUUAUCCGGUUGGACAAUAUACAAUAUUCUGAGAGAGGCCGGACUCCCUGAUGGUGUUGUACAGUUUUUACCAGCUGAUGGACCGACAUUUGGAAAUACAAUCACAGCUUCUCCUGAACUAAGUGGUAUUAACUUCACCGGCAGUGUCAAAACUUUUCGUCAUCUUUGGAAGCAAGUUGGUCAGAAUUUAGAUAUCUACAAGUCAUUCCCAAGGUUGAUGGGAGAAUGUGGCGGCAAAAACGGAGAUGAUUUUAGUGUCUUUAUGUCUGCUGUGAUUGAUGAUAAGUCAUUUGCUAGAAUAAAAGGUUACAUAGAUCAUGCUAAAAGUUCUCCUAACUUGACGAUACUUGCUGGAGGAAAUUGCGAUGACAGGUAA